CGUCGCACCCCCCUUUCACACACACAUUCACGCACUCGUGCAUGCACACUCACGCAUUGCAGACGGCACCACUUAACUGUGCAGGACAGUUGUGUACUCGCAGCUGCCAGCGCCGACUGAGCGAGAGGAGAAGAAAAAGGCAAAUAGUUGAUUUUCAUCCCGAAAAGAAGACGAGAGGAGUGCGGUUCACCCGUAUCUAGCGCGCAGCCGACGAUGGAGAAGACAUGAAAAGAAGAGAAAGGAAGAGCUCGGGGGGAAGAUGCUGCUGAGUAAAGUUUGCACGUGUUUCUAGAGGGAAUUUCUGACCUUUGGACUUUUGGAGAGAGGAUCGCAGAAAACAACACUGAGAGAAAAGUUAAAGGCCGGACAUUGAAGCGAGGGCCCCGUCAUCAGCAUGGCACCGGUCCAUCCCGCUUCCUGCCAGCUUUUCUUCUUCGUUUACCUCUUUUCCCUCAUCACUCAGCCAGCCUUCACUCAAGAUCCAUCUGUCACCACGGUCGCCGUGACCGAAGACAGUCCCUUCAUUGUCCCCUCCACACUAGUCAAUGAGACAACUCUGGCCAAUGUGGAGACCACCCAAAACCCGCUUCAAGACACAGGUCUGUCCACUCCGUCCAGCGGCGGCGACGCAGACGACGAGGACGGCCCUCCGGUCGGCGGGACGCGUUGCCAGGGUUACUACGACGUGAUGGGCCAGUGGGAUCCGCCCUUCAACUGCAACGCCGGUGUCUUUCUGUACUGCUGCGGUACCUGCUUCUAUCGCUUCUGCUGCCAGUUCCGCCAGCAACGUCUGGACCAGCGCAUCUGCUCUAACUACGACACACCCAUCUGGGCCAACACCGGCAAGCCCGUGGCCACCAUCACCGAAGGCCAGGAGGACCAGGAGCGGGACCGCACGCAUCUCAUUGUCUACAUCAUCUGUGGCGUGGUGGCCAUCAUGGUCCUGGUGGGCAUUUUUACCAAGCUGGGCCUGGAGAAAAGUCGCGGAGGAGGCGGGGCCACCGUGGCCGCGCACACCGACCUCAACUCCAGGACACUGACUGACCUGCUGAAGCAACAGGGAGGCGAGGUGAGCCCAGUCGAGAACGUCGAGAGCAGUUCACCCGGCAGAGGACGAGCUAACGGUGUCUCGUCCAGGAUGCAGCGCAGCAGGAGCGAACAGUACCAUCUGAAUAACUCAGCUCAUAGCCAGUUCGGACCAAGCCUGCCUCACUCCCACAGCAACCAUGGCACGGUGGGACUCAACAAGUACACUUCCUUGAAAGCCGUGGCGGACAGUGCAUCUCACAGCUACUACAAGAGCUUCCCCGUCAUGGACUUCGCCCACUACCGGACACCCGCCUUUCCGCCAGUGCCAGUGCAGCCCAAAGAGAAGUCCUACAUCCACCAACACCUUCCAUCGCAAUCCAACCUGCACUCUCCCCUCUCCAUCUCCAUCCCCUCCAGCCAUCUAGAACACGCCCACCUACCAAAGACCAGCACACACCCUCUACUGUCCAGUUCGGCCUUCAAAGCCUGGGAGCCGGUGGGUCGCCACGUCCAAAGGCAGAGCUCAGCCCCGGGGUCCGGGCCCACGCACGCCUCCCACUGGAGACACUGCUACUCCACCCGUCGGCAGCAGAGCAUCGAGAACAUGCCGGAUCUUUUUAGCCAACCUGGUGGCGGGAUGUACGCGGGAGGUGGAUCGGGAGGUGCGGUAGGGCACGGGAUGCAUUUCCACAUGCAACAUCCUUCUCAAGCAAGCUACUAUCAUCACACAAGGUCAAAGAACUACUCUACACACAGUUCGACGGAAGUGACAGUCUAAAAGUGGCUUGUUUAAUAUUCUGAAAGCUGGUGUGAAGGAAAACACCAGAGUUUUGGAUCAGUAUCCCACGUGUCACCCUCAAAACGAGGAAGUUGAAAUGGGUAUGAAAAUAAUUUAGGAGGAAAAAUAAUGGCAUAUUUGUAGAACUUGUGUCGACAAGCUGGACAGAAAUGGAGAAAAGCUAGUUGAGAAACGCUCUGUCUCCCUUAAAACAAAUCCAACUUCUGCUUCGGCAUCAUAAUACUGAAAGCUUUUAAGAUUAUUUAACAUAGAGAGAGAAAGCAGCGAUCAAGCUUUUUAUUUGUAACUAGAAAAAUCAUUCAUAGGAAGGCUUUCAUGCUGGCGGGUACACCGUAAGCGCGUAGAAAGAUGCGGAAGGAUGUUUUGCGGCAAUUCCAGAUCACUUACGGUUCACAUGUUGAUUUUGAGUCACUCCCAGUUGAGUUUGAGGCAAUUCCGGGCCGCUUCUUGUUGAUUUUUGGUCACUUCCAGCUGAUUUUUGAGGUAAAAUUUUUGUGGGUCUUAAUCAGUGAAAAGUGAAUGGCGUACCGCAAGCAACACGUCACUUCCGCUCAUUAAUAUUCAUGACAUUAGCUACUGUUGCUAUGUAAGGAGAAGCCACCGUUUGUCCCUAAUAGAAAAUGAAUGGAAAUUGUGUAAGGAGAUGUUUACAGAGCUAAACCUACCAAUUCUCUCCGAAAAUGAUGUGCCAGGUGCCAAAUUCACUGGCAAAGAUGUGGAAGAACAUAAAAAUGUUCAGUUAAAGAGAUGGCUUGAGUGUCGAAGGCUGAAAAGAAAAAAAAAAACGAGCCGACUUAACCAUAGCUUUAGCUUUUUUAUCGACGGGACGGACAAUGACAUUCUGUUUCAACAAGCUAUCCUUUACCAUCAGCCCUGUCUUUCUUAUAUAUCCUCUGGUUGUCCUACGUCUCUUACCGUUCUUGGGGGUAGUUUAGUUAGCUUUGUGUAACGAUCGCAAAUGCCACUCAGUGAGAGCCAACGAACACUUUUAAUUUUUUCAUUGAUAACACAUCUUAAUUCUAUAAUUUAUUUACACU